AUGGCGGCCUCGCAGCUGGCAGCCCUGGAAGGAGUGGCGUCGGUGGCCGGGGAGCCGCCCCUGACGGAGACCAGCCCGGGCUUCCUGUAUUCCGAGGGCCAGCGGCUGGCGGUCGAGGCUCUGCUGAGUGGGGGCGCAGAGGCCUUCGAGGUGUGUGUGCAGCGCGAGGGGCUGCCGCCCUUCCUGAGCCGGGCGGAGCUCCAGGGCCUGGCCGCCGCGGCUGAGGACUGGACGGCGGCCAAGGAGGAGCCCGGCAGCGCCGAGGGAGCCGUGGCCGAUGGGGACCCCCGCAGCCUGACCUACUGGCCGGGACAGUCGGAGGAGCCGGUGCCGGUGCUGCGGCUGGGCUGGCCGGAGGACUCGGGCUGGAAGGGCAUCACCCGGGCGCAGCUGUACACCCAGCCGCCGGGCGAGGGCCACCCGCCCCUCAAGGAGCUGAUGCACCAGGAAAUCCAGGCCGCCAGCAAGCUGGUGGCCGUCGUCAUGGACAUAUUCACCGACCCAGACCUGCUUUUGGACAUGGUGGAUGCUGCCACUCGCCGCUGGGUGCCCGUCUACCUGCUCCUGGACCGCCAGCAGCUGCCUGCCUUCCUGACCCUGGCCCAGCAGCUGGGGGUGAAUCCCUGGGCCACUGAGAACCUGGACAUCCGCGUCGUGCGGGGCUGCAGUUUCCAGAGCCGCAGGCGCCGGCAGGUGACGGGCGGGGUGCGGGAGAAGUUCGUGCUGCUGGACGGCGAGAGGGUCAUCUCAGGGUCCUACAGCUUCACAUGGAGCGACGCACGCCUGCACCGCGGCCUGGUGACCCUGCUGACGGGCGAGAUCGCCGACGCCUUCA